GAGCUACUGACCGACCGACGGUUCGAGCUAGGGAACCAUACCUAGAACCUGAGAGAAGUGGAAAACGCCCCGGCCAGGUGUCCGGUGGCGCGGACCCCCAGCCCGAGAUGCGGUAGGAGCGGCGCGCGUCAGAAGCCCCGUCCCCGGCGCCACCGGCGCCACCCCACCCUUCGCCUAGUCCAUGGCGAGCCCCGGCCUGGGGCUGUUUCUCGCUUUCGGCCUGCCGCUGCUGCAGGCCUACUGGGGCCAGGUUUGGGGACAAACAUCGGAACCCCCAGGAAAAGAGAACAGCACCAUUACACCGACCAGCCCUGGCUCCAGUGGGGCCCUGUCCCAGGGGGCCAUCACCGCCAUCAUUGUGGUCUUCUCCAUUCUGGGAGCCCUGCUCCUGUCCGUGGGGUUGGUGCUGCUGGUGCGGAAGCUGCGAGAGAAGCGGCAGACAGAGGGCACCUACCGGCCCAGCAGUGAGGAGCAGUUGUCCCACGCAGCUGAGGCCCGGCCCCCUCAGGACUCGAAGGAGACGGUGCGGGGCUGCCUGCCCAUCUAGGUCUCCUCCCCCUCCCCUUCCGUCCUCCAUCUUCCUGGCUGUGUGGCGUUGGGGAAGGCAGAACCCUCUCUGGGCAAACAGACCCACCUAGUGCUUAAGAAUAGAAGGGAUGAAGGUGCUUCAAAGACUCUGACCCUGAGUGCCAGAGAGGGUGGGGCUGCUCACUUUUUUUUUUUUUUCUUUUUUGUAAACUUGGUAGUGAGAGAUAAUAAAAGACCAAAACAAACCCGUCGCUGUAGAGUCAGUUCUGACUCAUGGUGACCCCAUGUGUUGCAGAGUAGAACUGCUCCAUAGGGUUUUCUUGGCUGUAACCUUUAUAGAAGCAGGUUGCCAGGCCUUUCUUCUGCAGUACCACUGGGUGCAUUUGAACUGCCAUCCUUAGGUUAGUAGCCAAGCGCAAGCUGUUUGCACCACCAAAGGACCUAAUAAAGCCUUCUUUUUUUUUUGAGCUGCUGGGGGCA